CACGGCGAAACGUCUGCGAAAACCCGAGGACGGAUAAAAACAGGUUUGAAAGUAAGCGGAGGUCUUUUAUUUAACUCACAUGAAGAAAACUGCCAAAAAGCGACGAACUAGUUUUUCCCCCCAGCGCGAGAACCCUUCCAUCAUCCGGGGCGAUGCGAUGUGAGUGAGCUAUGCCUUUUAGAAAUGGACAGACUUUAUCCAAGCGAAAACAUGGCGCCUGUUUCCCCAAAUUUGGAUUAUUUUCCAGUCUGCUAUUCACUUUCUGUUGCCUGGAGGCAUCGGUUUCUAGCCCAGCACACGGGGACAGCAGCAGCGUUAGGAGCUGUGGGAGUCCGUGCCCGGUUAACUGUACGUGUCUUAUCGUACAAGGACCCCGGGAAUCGUGCGUGGUUAAUUGUACGAACAUCGGCCUGGAGCGAGGACCAACAGCAGCGGACCUCCCACUGGAAACUAACGUUCUAGAUCUGUCCAGAAACCGCAUCUCAUCUCUAGAACCAAGCCUCUUUGAUCAGCUUACUACACUACGAGAACUAGAUUUGAGUCACAACCAGAUCACCACCGUAGAAGAAAACAUAUGUGAUCAUUUAUCGAAUUUAACAGAAAUUGACCUCAGCGCCAACCCGUUUGUGUGCGACUGCAAGCUGUCCCGGCUGGUGAGCUGGCUCCAGGAGGGAGCCGUGAGGGUCCGUCGGCCGGAGAGCAUGCUCUGUGUCCAGCCGCCGGAGCUGAGGAACCAGCCUCUCCGGAACGUCACCUUGCUCACCUGCGGUCUGACCUAUGCGGCCUGUCUGGACAACAGCAUCCACAGCGGUGGGGACCGAGAGCUGGUCAUCUUCUCCUCGUCCACGCCGGGCAACUUCUCCCGGGAGGAGUGUAACUCCGUGUGUUACGGCGCCUCCCAGCUCUACGGGGGCCUUGGGGCCCAGAGGGAGUGUCUCUGCAGUACCAACGUUGAGCCCAAUCGCAUCAGUGUGGCCCAGUGCUCCGCUGCCUGCAACAAGCCGAACGUCAUGAAGAAGUGCCGUUUGAAGUUGGCCCAGGAAGUCUUUGCGGUGGACUUCACUGUGUCUCUCUCUGCGCCUCUCCCCAUCAACGUUAACUCCUCUGCCGACCUGUCCAUCAUCUCCUCUGUCACACCCAUCACUCUCUCAUGGGACUUCGGCGACUUUUCACCCCGGCUCAACGCCACGGAAACAGUUGACAUGACAGCACGCCAUAAAUACGCCCUUCCAGGGCUUUAUCCCAUCAGUGUCAUCGCCUGGGCUGGACCAAAGGAGGUGUGUGCACACGGGGAGGUUAAGGUGACACUCCCUCCUCGGUUGGAGCUGCACUGCCCACAGCUGGCUGUAGCCAAUCAGAGCCUGCCAGUCCGUCUGGUCAACUGGGGCGGCCUGGGCGUGGCCGUGGACUGGAGGAUCACUAAUGAAGACGGGCAGGAAGUGGCCAGAGCCACUCCGCUCUGUCCCGGCGACGCUGUGUUCCACGCCGAGUCGUCGCGGUGCUUCCAGCUGGUCCCGGGGGAGUUCUCUUGGUCCGAGGCCAGGAGACAGUGCAUCUCUGCAGGGGGCGACCUAGCCGUGGUCCACAGCGACCCUCUGCGCAGCCUGCUGGCCACGCAGGUCAAACAUGAGCGCGGCGCGUGGCUGGGCCUCAGCGACGUCGACUCCCACCCCGUGGGCCAGCUGCGCUGGGUGGACGGUGCGGAGGCGCGGGAGGGCGAGGGCGGCUGGGUGAGCGAGCGAGCCACGCUGGUGCCGGGGAACGUGUGCGUGUCACUGGACGACACGGCUCAGCCCAGCUCGCACUCGUGCUACGCCAAACGGGCCUAUUUCUGCCAGUACGGACCCCAAGUGGUAGUUCCUGAUGCAGGGGUGUAUUUGGUGGGCUUGGCUGUUUUCCCUGGCCACAAAGCGCUUUCAAGCCCCGCCCCCGAAGCGCUUUCAAGCCCCGCCCCCGAAGCGCUUUCAAGCCCCGCCCCCACACACACCCCCCACUACGAAACGCCAGCCAAAAGAAUAGAGCUCCUGUUGUUUCCAGCUCUGGGAUUUGUUCAGGAUGGUCGUCUGUCGUCUGUAGAGUUCAUCUCCAUGGAUCUGUCCUCUCCCACUCACAUCCGUCUCCAGGUGCUCAGGCCGCACUGUGAUGACCCUGGAAUGACCCUGCUGUUGCCAGGUUGUGGUGGGACCAUGUGUUCUCCUGUCGCCGUGUGUUCUCCCAUGGACCCCGGCCGUCCCUCCAUCCCUCGGCGCCCCUCCUCCUGUGCCCCUUCCCAGCAGUGGUGCCCCUUCCUGGGCCACUGCCUUCCCCUGUCCAGCCCCUGUCACCCCGGCUCCUGUGCCAACUGUACCCAGGCGGAGCCUCUCCCGGCCGGGGUGCUGCGGCCGAGCUACAGCCUGGUGAAUGAGGUGGUGUUUACGCUGCUCGCUGGGCCCUCCACCCACGUACUGCUGACAGAGCUCGUUGGAGACCUGCUGGUCUUUCCUGGUGACUUCAUCGGCCUGCAGCACGACGCCGGCCCCGACUCCCUGCUCCGCUGCGACGCCUCCACCCAGUCACCGUGGCGACAGCCAGUCCUGGCCCUCAACCGAUCUGAAUGGCUGGGGAAAGACGCCGACCCAGGGAGAGAGGAGUUAAUCAUUCCCAGUGGAGGUGACGGAGGUUCUGCGGGGGGAGAUCCAGAGGGCGGAGGUGGAGGCUGGGUUUUGGACGUGGUCUGCCCCAUCAGGGCGCUUUACGUCGGGGCCAGUGAGACCCAGCUCCAGGGGUCCCAGAUCUCCUCCGGCCUGCCCAGGCCCGGCAACUACAGCCUGGUGGUGACGUCUGCCGACCCCGCCUUCCCGGUCAUGGCGUCCUGCUCCCUCAACGUGGUGCCCCCAUUGGGCCUCACCGUCCUCCACCCGCCCUCUCAGAAUGGAACCCACUACUUCAGGCCCGGCCAGAAUGUGGUGCUGCUCAGGGUCCACUCCCAGUAUGAGGCCAGGGUCAGCCGGCAGGGACGCAACCAUAGUGUCCCCUUCCAGAACCACUGCCCCCCGGAGUACCGGGCCGCCGUGGCAGAGUGUAGACGGGCUGGCGCGGCCGGAGGAGGAGAGAACCAGAGCCAGAGUCUGUAUGCGGUGUUGGAUCUGGAGCUAGGGCAGGAGAGGGGGCCGGUACUGGUGGACCUGUCUGCCCAUAGUGAGGUGAUGGAGGUCAGUUUGAGCUUGUUGGUUCGGGUGGAGGAACCUCUCCAAGGCUUGAUUGUUCAGCCACACCCCACGAACAGAGUAAUCAUGGAGUCAGUCGUGAGCUACUCUGCGUCAGUAGAGGAGGGCUCCAGCCCAAACUACAAAUGGACGGUGGAUGACAAGCCCUACUUCACAUAUUACAACACUGUGCUGAACGUCAUCUACCGGCACCCAGCCAUUUACAAACUGACAGUGACCGCGAUGAACCACGUGAGUAGCCUGUCGGAAGACUUCAACGUCACGGUGGACCGGAUGUGCCCCAUGGGCAACCUGACGGUCACCGGGGUUCCGGGCGUGGCCACGCAGGGCUCCGCCCAGUUCCUGACCGCCUCCGUGGUUCUGGACAUGUCCGUGGGCGCCACCUUCAGGUGGUCGUUUGGAGAUGGGGGUUACCAGGAGUAUGGCUUUAAACCUCCCUACAACAGCAGCAUCUGCUCUCCAGCACCAGAUUCCCCCACCCAGGUGGUCCUGUCCAACGCCGUGAAGUAUAAGUACCCGCAGCCAGGAGUAUACACUGUCCUGGUGUCGGUGUCUAACCACUAUGAGAACAGAACCCAGAGCAUCGAAAUGAACGUCCACAGCAUCCUGACGCACGUCGACAUAGAAACAGAGCCCCGCCUCCUCCGGGCAGGCCAACCGGCGGCUUUCGAGGCGCACGCCUGGCCCUCGGCCUACGGCAUCAUCUACAUCUGGAAUUUUGGCGACGGCUCCGCCCAGAGGGAGGGACCUCAGCGUCGGGUGAACCACACCUACGGAGUCGACCGCAGCGGAGUCCAUAACGUGUGCGUGACCGUUAACAAUACGAUAAGCUCAACCUACGCCUGUUCCGAGAUGCUGGUGUACGCAGAGGUCAAAGGGUUGACGGUGACCUCUCCUGCCCCGACUGAGGUAAACACCGCGACGGUGGUCUGUGCUCACCUGGAGACGGGUAACAAUGUCACCUGGAUUUUUGCCAUGGGCGACGGCACAGCAGUGACGACGCCAGAUUCCGAGGUCCAGUACACCUACGCUAAAGACGGCAACUACACAGUGAAUGUGACCGCGUGGAACGCCGUGAGCGCCCUCUGGACCACGGUACCCGUUCAGGUCUUCGUGCUGCAGGUGGUGCGACUGGAGCCAGUCGGGUGCGUCCAGGAGCAGAGCCAGGUUGACUUUCAGGCUUUUGUUUCGGGGAAUGAGUCGUCUCACGUGUACGAGUGGAGCUUCGGGGACGGUUCCCCAAACCAGACCCGGCUGGGGAGUCCCAAGAUCAGCCACACUUACGGGGACAGCGGUGACUUUCACCUCACCCUGCUCCUCUCCAGUGGCAUCAACAAAGCCAACUUCUUUGCCUGGGUGUGCGUGCAGCCGGCGGUUUCCAGUGUGACCCUAACAGUGGAGAAAAGCCACUUCCAGUUGGGCGAGGAGAGCCGCUUCUGGGCCAGUGCCCGGCCAUCUUUUGCCUACAUUUACCUGUGGAACUUUGGGGUGAGUGACGACUCUGUGACUACACCUGUCCAGGGCCAUGAAGAAAUGGGAUUCACCUACAAGAGUCCAGGGCAGUACCUGGUGACGGUCACCGUGUCCAACAACAUCUCCAGCACCAACGACAGCGUCCUGAUCCUGGUCCAGAGGUCCGUAGGUCCGAUUGUCAUCCAACACAAUGGGACUCGAUCCAACAACCUGACCCUGAGGGAGGUGUACAUGUUCACCACCAGCUCCCAGUCGCCCAGUGUCCUCCACUCCUGGGAUUUCGGUGACGGCACGCCCGGCACGCCCGGCACGAACGUGACUCACGCCUACAACGUUUCCGGUGUUUUCAACGUCACGCUAACAGCGGCUAACAAGGUGAGCCGCAACCAAACUCAAGUUGAGGUGGCAGUCCUGGCGCCCAUCCGCGGCCUGGUGGUCAGCGCUGAUCGGGUCAAUGUUCCGGUUAAUGCCACGGUCCAUUUCGAGGCCCAGCUCGAGGAAGGGGACGCCGUCCGGUUCUCGUGGAACCUGUGCGAUGGCUGCACUUCCCGGCUCCAGCUGUGGAGGACUCACUACACUUUCCGGUCUGUGGGGACGUACAGCGUCAUCGUGACGGCGGAGAACAGCGUGGGCUCGGCCCAGGCCAGCAUCUACAUCUACGUGCAGCGGGAGCUGGAGGGGCUGCAGAUCCAGCCGGAGGAGGUGAUGGGCGGUGAGGACGGGUGCUGUUUUGCCACAAACCGCGUGCUCCGCCUGCAGGCGGCACUGAAGGAAGGCACCAACAUGUCCUUCAGCUGGAACAUCAGCGCCGCCAACGCCAGCGCCACCAACGCCGGCGCCACGCUCAACCUCAGCGGGAAAACCGUCGAGGUCAGCCUCGCCACCCCCGGUGCCUACAACGUCUCGCUGCGAGCCACCAACCUCCUCGGAACACUUGCGGUCAACAGGACCAUCCGCUUCCUCGACCCAGUCGGAGAGCUGUCCUUGGAGACCAGCGUCAACCCUGUGGCAGUCAACACCUCCACCCGUCUAAGGGUGUCGGCCAAAGGCUCUGACCUGCAGUACCUGUGGACGGCUGACGGGGGCCCUCUAGCAUCCAACCAAGCUUCAGUGGAUCAUUGGUUCACUAGUCCGGGGACAAAGGUCGUUGAGGUUGAAGUGUUCAACAAGGUCAGCUCCAAGAACAUGUCAGCGGUCAUUGACGUACAGGAAGUGGUAACAGGGUUGGCGUUCUCUUUGGUUAACGUAAAAGAGCAGAACUUUGUGGCCACGAGCAUCAACAUCUCUCUGUGCGGAGAGAUCAGAACUGGCACCAACGUGACCUGGACCUGGUCAUUGCCAGGUCGUAUGGAAACAGGACGGAGGACGUCCUGUGUUUUCCGGGAUCCCGGGAAGCUCACCAUUAUGCUAAAUGCUACGAACGACGUGAGCAGUGAGGUGGUAUCCAAGGAGCUGAUGGUGCAGGAGAAGAUUCAAGGCCUGGAGCUGAGGGCCAGCAAGAGCAUUGCGGCGGUUGGAGAGAGGGUGGAGUUCACGGUCAGCGUGUCUUCAGGAACGGAUGUUAGCUUCAUCCUCAGAAUCAACGGAAAUGCAACUGAGAUCAACCAGACCUACAUUCACCAGUUCAGCCGGGUCGACACCUACAUGGUCAAUCUGACUGCGCGCAACCAGGUGAGUAAUGAUUGGCGGAACCUGCACGUGGAAGUAAUGGAACCGGUGACCAUGUUGAGCAUCCUGGACUGCUGUGAUGCUGCCCUUCCCGUGGGAAUCCAGAAGACCUUCAUAGGCAACGUCCUGACUGGAAAUCCUGUCACCUUUCUGUGGACCUUUGACCUCCACCAUCUCCACCGAAACUCCUACAUCGGGGAGGAGAUCACUUACACCCCCGAAGAGGCUGGGUGCCUUACCAUCUACCUGAAGGCAUUCAAUGUGCUCAACGGCCAGAACAUUACCAAGCACAUCCAGGUGCAGAAUGUUCUCACAGCGGCCCAGGUGGAAGCUCAACCCAUGGACACCUUUAUCAACAAGAAUGUGAUGCUGACAGUUAGAGUCCUGCCACAGUCCACCCCAGUCACCUGCCUCUGGGACUUUGGGGAUGGCUCUCCGCCUGUGUCCCAUAGCACCCCCUCUGUUGGGUAUAUGUACACUGCCCCUGGCAAAUAUCUGGUUCAGGUCAACUGCAGUAACUUAGUGAGCAUGGCUGUAGCCACGGUGGAGGUGAACAUCCGGGUGUUGGAGUGCGAGGAGCCAGAGGUUCAGGUUGUGCAGGCUCCGAGGCUGGCCAUCUGGCGUUCCCAGCCCACACUGGUGGAGGCGAGCGUGGACCUGAAGGGCUGCGUCCGCUAUGGAGCCCAGUACCUCUGGGAGAUCCUCUCCACACCGCACUGCAACAACCACCAAUCAGUAGCUGCGCUUAAGGUCCGGCUGCCGGAGGAAGUGGACAUCCGACGCCUGCAGCUCUCCGUGCCCAGGAUGGCACUGUGGGCGGGGAACUACUCCUUGGUGUUCUCCCUGUCCUACCAGGGGGUUCCCCUGCGGAAGGCUGCCUGUCUUCAGCUUACCGUCAUGGCCGCCCGCCUGGUACCCAUUAUAGAGGGUGGAACCUACAGGGUGUGGUCCAGAACCCAGGACCUACAGCUGAGUGCAGAGCAGAGCUACGACCCCAACAUGGACCCAGACCACCAGUCCCUUCUCAGCUACCACUGGGCUUGUGUCAGUACCUCCAAGGGGGACUGUUCCGGUCUGCACUUCGGGCUGGGUGUCAGUGGACCCGUCCUGGGGAUUCCGGGCUCUGAGCUGGUGGCCGACGUGGAGUACACCUUCAAACUGACGGUCAGCAAGGACGGCAUGGCCCCGGAGUCCACCAUACAGACCGUGCUUGUGCAGAGUGGUCGUAUUCCCACGGUGUUUCUGGAGUGUGUCUCCUGUAAGGCCCAGUCCAUCUACGAGGUCAGUCAGAACUCCUAUGUCUACCUGGCUGGUACCUGCACCAACUGUCUUCAUUUCCACCGUGGGCGAUGGACGGCGGUCACCCUGCGUAACGAGACCCUGGUCCUGGACUCCAGCAGCACGACGACAGGAAGUGCCAGUAUGAACCUCGUGCUGCGGCAGGGCAUUCUGCGCGACGGCGACUCCUACGUGUUCACCCUCCACGUCACCGAUGACAGCAUGGACGGAGAGGGCGUGGCCUCCAUCACGCUGCAGCCCAACAUGCCGCCUGCGGGGGGCAGCUGUGACCUCAGGGCGGUGGGGGCCGAGGGUGGACCAAUCAGGACGCUCGUGGACAAGGUGCACUUCAACUGCUCAGGCUACAGCGACCUGGGCGCGUCGGAGACCCCUCUUCUCUACAGUCUGUUGGUGACCCGCUGCACUGACGCCCCUCACUGCCAGGAGUUCUGUGUGUAUAAGGGCACCAGCCCGGAACACUCCGCCUUCCUGCCCCCGGGCUUCAGGUCGGCCCACUACAAAGUGUCGGUGUGGAUCACCGUGGAGGACCACCAGGGGGCAGCCAUCACCGCUCUCAACAGGUCCAUGGAGGUGGUUCUGCCGGACACCCCUCUUGGGUACAGCAGCCUGCCCCACUGGCUGAGUGAGCUGACCGAGACCACCCUCCAAGAGCUGCUGAAGCAGGGAGACUCGCAGAGAGUCAGAGAGCUGUCACUGGCCCUCAUCACGGUCCUCAAUGAGUAUGAGCAGACCCGUGACUUGGCGGCAGGACCCAUGAAGCCGGAUGUUCACCGGGCCAGCGUCCGUAGAGACAUCACCAGGGCUCUCACCGCUCUCGACCUGACCACGGUCAAUGACAUCCAACAGACCUCCGCCGCCCUCAAGCAGUGCACUGCUAUGAGUAGGGAGUUUAACUGCGAGGAGUGUCAGAACAGCACGUUGAACAAGCUGGAGUCCAUGUUGGAGAUUCUGCAGACCGACACCAAACAGGGGACGGUCACUCCUACGGAAAUAGCCGACAACAUCCUCAACAUCAUGGGUGACCUCAUCCAGCAGGUGAGCCGGUCGGCCUCCCAGCAGCCGCCGGACGACCCCGACCCGGGCGAGCCGGGCCUCUACUCCUCGUCCGUCCCGCGCGGGCCCGCCCGCCUCCCCCCGGAGGCCCACCCGCUGCACGUGGCGGCCAAGGCCUACAACCUGUCGUCGGAGCUGAUGCGCAUCCUGAUGCACGCCCGCGUCCUGAACGAGGAGCCGCUGGUGCUGCACGGCGAGGAGAUCGCCGCCACGGGGAAACGGGCCGACCCCCAGUCACUGCUCUGCUACCCGGACAGCGCCUCCCCCGAUUGCGACGGCUUCACCAUUCCCCGGGCCUUCAACAGCAGUCUGGUCAGAGCUGCCCCCAGCGUGGUACAACUCAUGGUCCAGGUGGAGCCCAACCCGUUUCCCUUCAAUUUCAUAGCCAACUACAUAGUCUCUACCAAGGUGGCGUCUAUGGAGUUCCGAGCGGAGAAUGGUUCCCAGAUCCCCAUCUCCAACCUUGACGACAACCAAGCCAUCACCGUUGCCGUGAACAACGGCAGCGACGGCAACCGACCAGAGGGUUCCGGGGCAGCGGUGGUGGCGCUGGCCAAGGCAGUAAACGUGAGCAGUUGCGACUCUGUCAUUGUACGGGUCAGAGCCGGCAACUCGAACCCGCGGGCUGGACUGUUCAUUCAACUCAACUUCACCACCCUGGAUGAUGGGGAUUUGGGGGCCUGGAAGGAGGAUCCUUUCAUCAUGGCCUACCUCCACGCCUCCGACAGACCCAACGAGUUCAACUCCUCCGACAGGAAAUUCAUCUCGCUUAGCAUGACACGGGGACACGGCCUGGACCACAGGAAAUACACCUUCUUCCUGUCUCCAGAGUCCCACGACACCACCCUGGACUACUACGUGAACGUGACGACGAGCUGCCCCGCGGACGGCCUCGGCGCGGGCGUGCGCCUCCAGGUGGGCGUGUUCGCCUCCCUGUGCCAGUACUUCAGCGAGAGCGCCAGGGUGUGGCGUACCGACGGCAUGGUCCCCCUGGCGGAGACCAACGCCAGCCGAGCCGUCUGCAGCACGCGCCACCUCACCGCCUUCGCCGCCAGCCUGUUCGUCCCGCCGGACGCGGUCACCUUCCUGAAACCGGAGCAGUCAGUUCCCAGUCUUGUUGUGUUGUUGACGUGUGUGGUGGGGUUGCUAUGUUACGCUGUGGCAGCAGCCAUCUUGCAUAAACUUGACCAGCUGGAUCUGAGGCGGGCCGGUACCGUGCCACUCUGUGGCCGCGACGGAUCGUACAAGUAUGAGGUGCAGGUCAAGACCGGAUUCAGUCACGGGGCAGGCACUUCGGCCCAUGUGGGCAUCAGUGUGUACGGGCGUGAGGGCCGCAGCGGGCACCGCCACCUGGAUAGCCCCGGGGCCUUCGCACGCAACGGACUGGACAUCUUCCACAUUGCCACAGAAACCAGCCUGGGCAGCAUCUGGAAGAUCCGUGUCUGGCACGACAACAAGGGUCUAUCUCCGUCCUGGAAGCUCCAGUACGUCAUGGUCAAGGACCUCCAGACAGGAAGCAGCUACUACUUCCUGGUUGAAGAGUGGCUGUCGGUGGACAACGAGAGGACUGGUGGCCGCGUGGAGAUGGAGGUCGAGGCCUCAGAAGAGCCGGAGCUUCGUCAGCUGCCCCACCUCCUGAACUGGGAGCUUCAGCGGGCGCUUUGCGAGAGUCACGUGUGGCUGUCGCUAUGGGAGCGCCCCGUCCGCAGUCCUUUCACCCGCCUCCAGAGGGCGACGUGCUGCGCCCUGCUGCUACAGCUCUGUCUGCUGGCGAACACUCUGUGGUACAGCAUCGUGGCCCACAGGAAACACAGGUCUGUGGCGGUGUCCAGGCUGGUGCCGCUGAACGGGGAGACGUUGGCCGUGGGAGUGGUCAGCUGUCUGGUCGUCUACCCCCUCUACCUGCUGGUCUUCACGCUGUUCAGGACGAGCCGCAGCAAGUCUGUGUCAGUGGAACAGGCGCCCUCCUCCCAGUCAGACCAGGAGUCGGUGGAGAUUGAUGACUUCCUGGAUAACUCCAUUGCAGGAAGUUCCUUCCUCGUCUUCAACGGCAUUCCUGGAGAGACCUACUCAGAGGAGACCAAUGUGGACCUCCCCCCCACCCCCUCCACUAAGAGCGUCCAGAGUUGGGGCAUGGUUCGGGAAGAGGAUGAGGAGCGAGAUUGGCCGGAGUUGUUGAGUGACAUGUCCGAGGUUGGAGGGGCGGGACUUGGGGCACGGCUACCCAGGCUGACGAGAGGUCAUGGGUCAAGACACCUGGGUGUGGACAUGACCCUUCACCCUGACGAUGAUGACUUGACACAACGCAACAAGUACUUCACAUCCUCAGAUGAGGACCUGAUCAAGCGUAUUCUGGUGGAUGGUCAGCUGCAAGUGUCUCAUCUCUGUGACCCACAACACUUCUUCUCCCAGACGGCAGACAGCGAGAUGGCUGACCUGGCAAGCAUCUUCGGAGAUAAGACGGAGGUGAUCCUCCUUCAGAAGCUGAAUGAGCCUCUGCCCCCUGGAACUGUCAGAAGAGAGCCCCCAAAAACAGCCUUCACCUCACGCACAGUUGUAACAGAUGUGUGCCGUCCGAGGUGGUUUCCUUCCUGGUGUGGGCUGGCUGCCCUAUGGGGCAGCUGGGCGGGACUUGUCCUGGCCAAUGGCGUGUCAAUGUGGGCAGGACGAGGCUUCAGCGACCGCGUGGCUCUGAUGUGGCUGAUAUCCUGUAUCGGCAGUUUCCUGACGUCCUGUCUGCUGUUGGAGCCAAUCAAGGUGUUACUAGAAGGUCUGUACUACGCCCUGUGGGUUCGGAGGCUACGUCCAGAGGAGCAGGACGUCCUGGUGGAGUGUCCCCGCGUUGAGAGGAUAGUCCAGCGGGUGCCCAGAGUCAGGCCACCCCAAGGCUUUGCUCUGUCCCAGGCCCGGCAGCAGGCCCGCAAGGUCCGCAAGCUGCACAACGUGCUGAAGAACUUCCUGGUCUACAUGCUGUUCCUCCUCGUGGUGCUGCUGCUCAACUAUUCGGACACAACCAAGGACACACACAGCCUGAGACUACGCACUCAGCUGCAACACACACUACACACACCGGGGCAGGCAAACGUCAGCAGGCGGGAGGACAUGUGGGCGUGGCUGUCAGACUCCCUGUUGCCGAGGUUACUGGAUGGCCCCACCCUGAUGCAGGAAACGGGAAGUGUGCUACUGGGAGCGCCCAGACUGAGGCAGAUACGAGAAGGUUCUUCCCCCAGAGCGGGCUGGGGGGAGGGUUUGACUGGCUCAGCACACCACACAAUACUGACCCAGAACUGGACCUCACACAUCGCUGAUGAAGACGGGACCUGGCGCUGGGGUCAGCUGAAGGUGUAUGGUGGUGGAGGGUUCACCCAGCAACUGAACAGGAAUCUGGACCGGACCAGAACCUCCCUGCAGGACCUUCAACAGUUACGGUGGAUGGACCACAUGACACGGGCAGUGUUUGUGGAAUUCUCCCUGUACAACACCAACACAGAUCAGCUGGCCGUCUUCUCCUUCCUGUUCGAGUUCCCCGUUUCUGAGCGCGCUAAGUCCAGCCUCGACCUGCUGACCUUCCGCCUACAGCCAAUCACGGGCCUCGACCUGCAGCUGCUGCUCACGAUCUUCCUUUUCUCCUUGGUGGUUUAUUUCGGCGCGCGGGGGAUUCUGGGCCUGAUGGCCGAGGGCUACGCCUACUUCCUGCGUCCGUGGCGGUUGCUCGGCGUGAGCAGCCUGGCGCUGGCCUUGUGCGUCUGCGGCCUCCACCUGAGCCGCUGUGUCGCCGCCGGCUACACCUGGGCGUCGUAUCUAGGCCAGCGAGACGGCUUCACCAACUUCUACCCGCUGGCGCGGCAAAGCCAGACCUACACUCUCCUGUCGGCCGCGCUUCUGUUCCUGUUGGUGCUGAAGGCGUCCCACCAGCUGCGUUUCCUGAGGGAAUGGGCCGUGUUUGGCCGGGCUCUCAGGCGCUCUGUCAGGGAGCUUCUAGGAAUCGGCCUGGCUCUACUGCUCCUGCUGCUGUCAUACUCACACACAGGACACCUGCUCUUCCACUCCGUGAUGGAUGGCUAUGACAGCGUCAGUUCUGCGUGUCUGUCAUUGUUAACCGCCGGCGGGCGCGGUACGUUAUCCUGGAGCCCGUCAUCGACAACAACCGGCCCGGCCAGCUCCACCGUCAGCCUGGUGUUCCACGCAAGCUUCGUCAUGCUGCGGCUGGCGUUGCUAUGGCUGGUGACCGCGGUGUUGCUCCGGAACUAUCGCCGGGCGCGGGCCGAGCUGUACCGUCCGGUGACAGACCUGCAGGAGUACGAGAUGGUGGAGUUGUUCCUACGGCGACUGAAGAUGUGGAUGGGUCUCAGCCGCACCAAGGAGUUCCGUCACAAGGUGCGUUUUGAGGGGAUGGAGCUGCCCCCAUCCCGCUCCUCCUCCACCAGUGACUGUAAGUCCCUGUGCCUCCCACCCCUGGACGGGUCCGAGUCGCCCCCCAGCCCUGGCAGCGUGGACGGGACGUCUGAGGCGUCCUGGAGGCCCGCUUCCUCCAGCCCCUGUAGCCUGACCGAGGCCCCCGGAGUGGGACUCAGCCUGGGGGUGGGCCUGGGUCCUGGAGGGGUGCUGAUGGGCGGCUCCACCUGGCGAGAGAGGGCAGAGACGGAGGCCACGUUGAAGAGGCUCCUCCCGACCCUCGACGCACUCCUUCAGCAGCUGGACCGGGUCACCAUGGCAACCGAAGAGUUGUACCGCACAGAGUGCCGUGUGGAGCAGGCCGGACGGGGGAGAAGGGGGAGCAGGGGGGAGAAGGAGAGGGAGAAGGGCAAAGGGGAGAAGAAAGACUCCGCUGGACGGAGAGAAAGAAACGAGGCGGUCAGAGGGGGAAAGCAGAAAGUCCAAACUGCUGUGGGCAAGAGUCAGCCCAAGGACGCCAGGAACUCAGGGCCUCACCGUAAACACACCCCUGUUCCUGUUCCUGGCCCUGCCCCUAAAUGUGCCCAAGUAACCAGCCCCACCCACAUCACUGCCCCAAAAUCUACCCCUGCUCCUUCGUCUCUACCGGUCCCCACCCCCUCCAUGCCCACCACUCCUGCCCCCGCCUCCACCCCACGAGAUUGGGACCCCCCCACGGAGAGGGAGACGCUGCCCCCCUCCAGCCUCUUCAACCACCCCGCCCACACCACCACCAUCCCCACGCGCAAACGCAAGCGCAAGCCCCCGCCGCUCAAGAACAAGGUGCAUCCCAACCCGGACAGGCACGUGUCCGGACACCCCAAACCCUGAGGGCCUCUCCCGACAGACCCCGAUCAGGAAGCGACGGACCGCUACGGAUGCAGGGACGAACCCGGACAGAACGCGGGAGAAGCAUGGUUUCUGGGUUAAGGAUGAGGAGGUGCAGAGAGAGCAGGUUCUGUCUCUGUGUUCUUCUCGAAAUCCAGGAGUAGAACGAGUUCGACAGAAGGAGAAGAAAUUGACCGUUCAACCCAGAGUCGUCACAGGCCCGGAGACGUCGCCCUGGAAAAAAGGUGCUGGUUGCCGCUCCCCCAUCCCUCCCCUCUGAACCUUGACCCUGGCGGUCACGUGGGGGCAACGACAGAAGCACACGUUGUGCUGACAUAAGAGGUGCUGACUGUAUGGAAGACGUCUUACGGCAGGUUGAUGUUUAACACACAAGGCUCUACGCUGGCCUAUUUUACAAAGAGCACACGUUAUUUUUCCUAUUGUACAGGUGCGCCACAGAAAAGUAGGCGGAAAAAUGGAAAUUAUUUGAGUUAUUGAAGCCAGAACCCUUACGUUUUCUUGGCGCGCUGGUGCGCCUUAAGUAAAACGCCAGGUCACACAGAAAAAUAUUUAGUGGCCAAUGUGAGUAGAAUUGGUGCAGAAUAGAGCCUGGACAGCCUGAUGAUGUAUAUGAUGACGAGUUUAUUGAAGACACUUCAGCGUAUGUUCUUUGUUAGUUUGUUGUUGCUGUUUUUUUUUUGGUUUUUUUUUUGUAUUCAUUUAAAUAAUAUUAUCCUUUUAUGAAAAUAGGGGAAACGUAUUGUUCUUGGUCAGCGUAAAUACCUAGGAGAUUUAAAAGCCAAACACAUCUUGACCUGACUGCAGUUGUCACAGGAGGAAUGAAUUGGCCUAUCACGCUGCAGCAGGGAACAGACCGGAAGUCUCCUGUUGAAUGCAAAUGAUGUCACUUGUUGGAAUGACUCCGCUGACCCCCAGUAGAAGAACGCGAGAACUUCAUUCAUUUAAAGUCACAAAACGUAUAUUUGCACCUGUAUGCAUGUUCCUGCGAAGAAGGAAGUCUUUCGGAAGAAAGCUGUUUGAUCAAAUUAAGAUGCUAGAUCUCACACACACACACACAACACGCAGGCAGACACGCUCUAGUCACAGAGGCUCUCAGGGGGAAAACCGACAAGCGCACCUCAGGACUCCUCCCACUCUUUUAUGGAGGAAGUAAGGUAAGAACAGGAAGUGGAAGGUCAAGCCAAGAGCAGGAAGUGGCGGUUAGAAGGACUGGACAGUAAGAUGGAAAAAUAGACAGUGAGACAGAUGGAAGGAUGAGAGGAGAAAAUUACUGGAGGAAAAAGUUGUUGGGGUAAAAACAUUUAUAAAAGAAGGUGAACGGAGGUGGAUGAUUUCUUUACGCAUUGCUUUUAGCCAAGUUCUUCGUUGGGUCCCAAACUACAGCUUCCAGCUAAAACACUAGAACUCCCAGACUUGUUUAACCAUCAGGAAGAAGCUGGGGUACUUUUCUAUAAAUCUUGGUUGUCAUUUAUAUUAUCCUUUUAUAUUUUUUAAUUUCAACAUGGUUCUAAUUUAAAAGCACUUUUGUUGUUAUGUACAUAUGUGUGUUUUGAGUGUGUUUUGUGUGUUGAAAAUAAUAAGCUUGGUAUGAAAACCAAUAGGGAAUGCUUCACACACACAAUUUGAACUAUUAACAUUGCCAAAGCUUGCGCCUUAUUUACACAAAGAGUUUUAAUUUUUUUAUUUCUUUUGUACUUAGCACUUUAUUUUCUCAUGAAACUGUAAUUGAAAGACAUGUUUUUUCCUUUUAAUAUCAAAAACAGCUAUAGAGAACUAUCUUUAAAGUUGUGUUAUAAAUUUAAGUCAGGAUAUUGACGCAUUACCCCUUUGUAUGUUUGUGUAGCUAUCUUUGUUAUUAUAUCACUACUUCCUGGAGAAAUGUAAAAUUGGACGUUUGAGAGGAUCAAAAAGCACAAUGUGUAAAUUGGACAUGUUUGAGAGGAUCAAAAAGCACAAUAUGUAAUGGGUAAAUUGUGAAUAGCUGACUGAUCCACACACAAUAAAAUAUUUGUGGCUUAGUCUGCUAUCCUCUAGGACAUGGCCAUUUUCUCCCCACAAAUAUUCUGUUUCCUGUGGGCAGAUCUCAGGGACCCCGCCCCUUUCCCCCACACCCCUCAAAAAGAAAAACCUAGACGUUUUCAACGUACUUAUCCUGUUGUGUUCUGCUAAGUUGUUCUUAAAUCCUCAAAUGAAGGUCAAUGUCAAGAAAGUGAUAAUGUAUUGUGCAUCUGACGUCUCAGACCAAAAUAUGUUCCUUUCCGUUGCAAGAAAACAGGUCAAACUACAGAACCUUCUAGAACCAACUAGAACCAUCGUCGUUAAGCACGUCAGUUCUCAUUUUUCACCUGGUAACUUUGUAACCCGUCCCGCUAUCUCAGUUCGCAGUAAGAUUUAUGUUAUGAUGAAGAGCUGGUACUCCCAGAAUCCACUUCCACCCAGAUAUAUCGGUGUAUAUGGACAGUGUGUAACUACAUCAAGCCAAAACAAGGCCCUUCGGCAUGAUUAGUAUUUUGUUUUUUGAGGAAUAUGUUUGUUGUCUAAAUAAGAAUGUUGUGUCCACUGUUUUGGUCCUGUUUCUUUUAUCGUAUUAUUGUAACCAUAGUUUUGGUCCCGUUUUGUAAUGUAUUAUUCUAUCCAAUGUUUUGGUCCUGUUUUGUAAGGUAGUACUUUAUCCAAUGUUUUGUAAUGUAGUAUUGAAUUUAGUGUUUUGGUCCUGUUUUGUAAUGUAGUAUUGUAUCCAGUGUUUUGGUCCUGUUUUGUAAUGUACGCUUGUAUCCAGUGUUUUGGUCCUGUUUUGUAAUGUACGCUUGUAUCCAGUGUUUUGGUCCUGUUUUGUAAUGUAGGAUUGUAUCCAGUGUUUUGGUCCUGUUUUGUAAUGUAGGAUUGUAUCCAGUGUUUUGGUCCUGUUUUGUAAUGUAGGAUUGUAUCCAGUGUUUUGGUCCUGUUUUGUAAUGUAGGAUUGUAUCCAGUGUUUUGGUCCUGUUUUGUAAUGUAGGAUUGUAUCCAGUGUUUUGGUCCCGUUUUGUUAUGUACCAUUGUAUUUUGCGUCUGUAGCACUACUCAUGCUUUUGCACUUGACAAAGUCGAAAAUAAAGAGUUUUGACAGCUA